GCAAAACCGGGAGUGAAAGUCACAAACCGGCUGGAGAGACCGCCAAACUUAAACGAGGGUCUCCCUGGCGCGUAAAAGUUGUCGUUGCCCGUUUACGCGCGGACGGUGGCCGGACCUGAUUGAGUCUCUGAGAGCAUCAUGAGUGGGACUAUAGAGAGAGGAUUCCUUUCUUUACCAAGGGAGUGAAGGAGAAGAGGAUAAAGACAUAAAGGAGCAAACUUUUCUCUAAGGAUCUUCCCAUCUGGACGAGUCAAAAUGAGGCUGUGAAUCCUCCUCUCCUUCCUUCUUAGAACUUCUUCCUCACCAUCAGACUCCAUGUCUCCUAAAGCGGGACCCAUCGCUCUGCUGUGCCUUCUGCUCUGUGCGGUGGUCCUAGUGAAAGGAUCCACUCUGAGCACUCAGGACUUGCAGAGCAGUGCAGCCACGUCGCUGCCGGAGGAGUCGUCACCCGGCACGACGAUGCAGCUGCAGCCGGACCUGCAGACCGAAGCUCAAGUGCCGACGGAAGCGCCUACAGAGGUGCCUACAGAUGUGCAGACAGACACACCGACAGAAGUACGGACAGUUGCACAGACAGAGGCAAGGACAGAAAACAAAACAGAGAAGCCGAUUCAGAGAACCACCACUAACUACACAGGCCUGUCCUGUACCCCCGUCCUGCCACCUCGUCGAGGUUCCUUCUAUGUAGAGAGCGGCACUGGAGUGUCAAUCGGCAGCAUGCUGACCUUCUGGUGCAGAGAGGGAUACCAGCUGGUUGGCAGUGAUAAAAUACAGUGCACAGUGAAGAAAGGCAAAGCACAGUGGAGCAACUACCUGCCUGUCUGUGAGGCGAUCCCCAGACCUGAGGACCGUGGUCUGAGAGUGGCUGUGUUGGCAUCAGUGGUGAGUGGCAUCGUCAUCCUUGCCAUGUCCCUCUCCUUCCUCAUCUGCUGCCUGCAGGAACGAAACAGUCGAGAACGAGCCAAGAAGGAGGGACGGAGCAGACGCAGAGAGAAACGUGCUGCCCGGCGCAGCGAGUGUUGGCUGGAGAGAGAGGAGGGUGAGUGGGAAUCUUUCCCUCCUCCAAAGAUCUUCCAUCUGUCUCAGAGGAUGAACCCUCGUCUGGCCCCCGACAGCCCCCUCUACCUGACUGCAGGGCUCAGUGGAUAUGAGAACAGAGGAUACCAGAGGAGUCAGGAGAGUUUACUAAAGGCCUCCAUGCCAUUGUAUCGCUCCGACUCUCAGCUGUACCCACAUGUUGUCCUGCAGAGGGUCCCGACUCCUACAGCACCCUCCGCACCUUCUGCUCCAUCUGCCCCCUUCUACAUGCACGUCCCUACGUCCGGCUCUGCUGCCUCCACACCGGCCCACACAACCUCCCACGGCCAGCCUCACGUCAUGGGGCAGUACCCCACACCAACGUAUCCACCUAAUCCAAACACAGCUGUGCCCGCGUUCCCCCACCCAACACCAGCUCCUAUUUACCCAAACCCCAACCCGACGCCGCAGCGUCCAUGGCAGUAACAUCCACCAGUUUCCUUUUAUGAAAGAGGCUGCGCUGCUCCUACAGAGGAAGAGGGACAACACAACAGGUCUUUUUUACUCUCUUAUCCCUGUUUUCACCAACAGAAAGUUGCAGAUGCAAACAGAAGGUGUAGAAACGGAGAUGCAGCCACAGUAGAAGCUCCCCUGUUUUACUGCAUGCUCGGUGAACUUUCCCUGGAUUUUGGAUGCAGCAAGAAUGGAAAGCUCCAUGCAAGAGGAGUCUUGCUUUAUUCUAGCCAUCAGAAAUUACAAGAAAGCUUCAAGUAGCGAGUUCACAAGGGAACGCAGGAAGUUUUACUCUGAAGAUGGAAGAACAACCUCAAAUGAAGGCUCAGACAGGACUUUAAGGCUGCCACGGCUCAACCUUAUGAUUUUUUAAUGAAAUAAUUCCUAUCAGCCUUCCUGAAGUCCACAGAAUCUUCUCUAGACAGAAAUGUGAUUAUCAAUAUAUUUUUCUGCUUUUAAGACUUCUCACAAAUCUGCAAAGUAAUGAAGGUCACUUUACAACUCUUACUAACUUUUACAUCCUUAACAGGCUGAUCAUAGAGGUUUAUGGGUAGAUGACACUGUGAUUUAGAUGCUGCAACCACUGAAUGCAUCCCAUUUUGUGCUGUUUGUAUGGAUUUAAAGCUACAAUGAUCAUUUUUAACUGAUACUGUCUUUCUCACCAGGACCAUCUAAUGAAAAUGUUUGUUCUUUUUUUUCUAUACUGCUGUAACUGAUUUUGUCACAUUAUUAUUCCUUAUUCUUUGGAUGGCAGUCUGACUGGUAAGGAUAUAAAGAACUAUGAAUAUAGAAGGCAUAACUAUUGAGUGGAAAUCGCGCCUUGGUUGUAUAAUAAUUAGGAAACUUUUGCCCUGAUUGGAGUAUUGUGAAGGCUAGGAAAGUUCAGAUAUGGAAAUUUUGUGAGAUUUACUGAAGGCUGGCAACACUGGGUGAUUUUAGGUCCAGUUUUGGGCCUGAUUAAGUUUGUCUCAAUUAAUUGGGCUGGCUAAACAAAAGGCGAUUUUAAAACUAAAACCAAGUUAGGGAUAGGGAUGGUGUAACCUUAUUUUUAAUAUUCUAACACAUACAUUUGGCAUUUCAGCCAGACUCUAGAAGGAGACAUACCUGCCGUCACAGGAUCUUGCAGAAACUUGUGUGAUCAAACAAGAAAAUUGAACAAGGAGGAUGGUCAGUGUCGUCUGCUGGUUGUCUGCCUAUUUGCGGUUUGUCUUCAGACAUAAUACAAGGAAUAGGAUACCCUCUAUGGAGUCUAGACACUGGUGGUGGAGGAGUAGAUUUCUGAGAAGCUGCACCAGGAAACCAAUGAGGUGGCUUGGAGAAGGACACUCAUGUAUGCAGGAUGAGAUGAGCAGAAGAUCUAUGAGGAUCUGGACUAUAUUAACUGAGUGGAGGUAGCUGGGGUGGAGGAGGAUUGCAGCGUCCAUACUAAAUUGACAGUCUGUUUGUAGGAGAAAGGAUGACAGAUUUAAAAUAGGCAUGAUGAUCACUUAAAUAAGGUUGUGGCAGUUUCUGAUAAGCAUGGUGCAUUCCAUAAUACGCAUGGAGAAUCUAGAGAAUUGAGGCCUCGCCCUUUUUUUUUUGCGCACCAUACACAGUUAUCGACCAAAAUGGACAGAUAAAUGAUAAACUGAGAGCCACGUUUACCUUGUUGUAGCAAAUAUGCACGACCACAUCUGUAGAAAGGCUUUGUAAUCUGUUUCUUGAUGUCCCUGAUGAAGGCCACAAGCUGAAAUGCGUCUGUUGAAAAAAGUUGUUCGCUCAACUUCUACUGUUGGUGAAGCUUUCUGCUUCCUCACUGGUACAGUAUGUCACAGGACAGAUAAACACAGUAUGAGCACACUUUUUUCUUUUCAAAGUAAAAGCCCUGUUAAGCAUUUCUUUGGAGAAACUCCCUUUGUUUGUACAGGAUGCUUUUAUUUUGAAUAGUUCUCAGCACGGUUCCACUUUACACAACCAGGCCACAAGCUCCUAAAACCAUCCAGUGUGCUGCCAACCUUAGACGAGCUUUUAAGUGAUUUUAGGUUGUAAUGAUGCAAGUUAUAUCAGACAUGAGAAAGUCAGGGAGACUGCGAGGCUGUCCUCGAUGCACUGGAAUCUGUACUGAAAUGCACUGGUAUGUGAAGAUGGAGAAGCUUCUGAAACACUCGGUUUCUUUAAACAUCAAAGGAUGAAUCGUGUUUGAGUAAAGAUUUAACUUUAAACCUUAUUUUCCCCGUGGUAUGUACUGUACAUGCAUCAUAAACCGUCCAUGAGCUCCUUUCCUGUUUAAAGCUUUAGUUCACUCUAGCUCUGUGUGUCUUUAUUUGGAAUAGAAGGACUCGAGUCGACACACUAACAAAUCUGCACUUUACAUUUUUGAGGAGGAGGAGGGGUUAAAUGACUUGGACAGGACUGGAUGGUCCAAAAUAUUUCUCUUAUUGUAAAAUAUUUGUUGUAAAAUAAUAAGA